AUGGAGUUAAAAAAUCCUGUCACGCUUCCCAGGCAUUUUCUUCCUCUAUACAAAACUGUAACCUUUUUCAUGAUAUGCGCUCAAGCGUUAUUUUUCUACGCAACAUUGGGAAACUCAACUAACAUAGUUUCUAGCAAUUUAUGUGAUAAUAAUGUGAAGCAGUAUUCCGGUUACAUAGAAAUCGCUCCAGACAAUAAUAUGUUCUUUUGGUUUUUCGAGUCCCGCAAUAAUCCUAAGGAAUCUCCUUUAACAUUAUGGCUAAAUGGUGGUCCAGGAUGUAGCUCGCUAGAGGGAGUACUUGAAGAAGUCGGGCCUUGCAAAGCGAUUAAAAAUGGUUCGGAAAUUAUCAACAACGUUUAUAGUUGGAACGAGAUUUCUAAUAUGCUGUUUGUUGAUCAACCAAUUGGUGUAGGAUUAUCAUAUGGGUCACGCGUCGUGAAUACGACUGAACAAGCUACUGAAGAUUUAUACGUGUUUUUGCAAAUGUUCUUUACAAGGUUUCCAGAGUACGCCGCUUUGGAUUUUCAUAUCUUUGGGGAAUCUUACACUGGACAUUAUGCACCUUCAAUUGCCAAAAAGAUUGUCGAGUUAAAUAACCUUACUCAGAAUAACACGAAAAUAAAUCUUAAGUCAGUUGGAUUAGGCAACGGCUGGAUUGAUCCUGAAAUUCAAUUCAUUUCUGACGUGUAUUUCGCAAAGUACAAUUCAUAUCAGCCAUUAUUAAACACUACACUAAUCCGUGAAAUGGGGAGCAUUUUUCACAAAUGUCAAGAUAUGAUUAAAAAAAGCAAAUCUGUCAGAGAUCUCAAGGAUGCAACUGACCAAUGCUUCCAAGUUGUCACUAUCCUUGACGAUUUCGGUGUAGAUUCUUUCGAUAUUCGCCCCAAUGCUACCCGUCCAAAUUCGGACUAUGCCCAUUUUGUGAAUAAUUCCGAGGUUUUGGAGUCAAUCGGUGCAGGAUCUUUUAUUGGCAGGGAAUUUGCUGAUUGUAUAGCUGCAGAUACUAAGGUUUAUUAUGAUUUUUAUGAAGCUGGGGAUAUUAUUCUCACGUAUAAACCUCACGUAGAAUAUCUUCUUGAGAAUAAUGUUCGCAUUAUGCUUUAUCAUGGUGAUGCCGACUACAUCUGCAAUUGGUUUGGGGGUCUUGAUGUAGCUAACCAGCUUGUGUGGAAAGGUCAAACCGAAUUUAACGCCGCCCUGGUCAAGCACUGGAAGGUUGACGACGAAUGGGCAGGUCAAAUUCGUAGCUUUGGUCAAUUAUGGUUUGUCAAGGUGUACAGAUCUGGCCAUGAGGUUACAUUCUAUCAACCGAAAAAUUCAUUAGACUUGUUUAAAAGGUGGAUUGAUAAUGACCCUACCCAGUGUAGGGGUAUGAUCGACGUAGAA